AUCCACCAUUGAGGCUUUCAUUCGGCAAGGUCCUCAGGGCGCAAUGGGUGAGUCUCGCUCCCCUUCUCCUGCCGGCUCUCCCCCCAUGGUGCACCCAAAAGAUAUCGACCUCGAGUCCUCCCCUCCCCGCGAUCCUUCGCCGCCUCCCCGUGACCGCUCCCCGGAACCGCGCCGCGAGUCUCCAAAUGUUCGUGAAGACCGGGACGUAGAAAGGUCUCCUAGACGUGAAAGGUCUCACACGCGCUCUCCGGUGCGAAGGCCGCGGGACCCUUCACGGUCGGUAACUCCUGUCAGGCACAGCUCCCCGCCCCCUCGUAGGGCGCGCGAGAGGAGCAGAGAGAGGAGCAGGGAGCGCUAUCGGGAAAGGUCACCAGAGAGGAGCAGAUACAGGUCGCCAGACAGGGACAGGAGAAGGGACUACGACAGGAGCGAUCGUGGAAGGUCUCGUUCUCGGGAGCGAGGAAGAACAAGCGACCGGAAUCGUGGCAAAGGGGCUUACAGGCCAGGCAACACGGUCUUUGUGGCGGGCUUCAACUUCAUCACGACAGAAAAGGAUCUCGAUCGGAAGUUCUCCAAGUAUGGGCGGGUGGUGGACGUGCGGAUUGUGAAGGACAGGAGGAACGGGGAGUCCAAGGGUUUUGGUUUUGUCACCAUGGAGACGGACGAGGACGCUGAUGAAGCAGUGGACAAGCUGGAUCAAACCACGUGGAACGGUCGGGUGGUGCUUGUGGAAAAGGCGAAAAGCGACAAGCGCUGAUUGCGCCCUUGGUUUGGUCGCAAAGGCUUUGAAGAAAGAGGUUGGAUGCUCUGAUAUUGUUAGGUUGCUACGGUUUACUCUUUCAAGGUUCACUUCUCGCGUAGGUAUUUGUCGAAGUAGGGGUCUCAUCUCUCUGCGAUGGCAUCCCGAUUCGGUGGUUGUGAUGUCCGGCCAUCAUUCGUUAGCACGGGCACUUUUUGAACAUUCCUUCUCUUGCUAGUCUUUCAACUGCAGGGGGACAGACUUGAGGAGACCUUAAUGGCACUUCAUCCAUCUUCGUACCCACGUCUUCAUCUCCGUACCAUGCUGUACCAUUGUCUACCUGCGUUACGUGUACCCAUGCUCGAGUACCUUGCUCAAUUCGUACAACUCAAGUACCUCGUGUGGCAUUGGACCGAACCUUGGAUUGGGCUAGGCUCGAGUUCGUUGUACCUUCGCAACAGUGACGGUUUUCACGCCGCUUCACAAGGUAAAGUCCUUUCUUUCCGGCAAGAAGUUAUGGAGAUGCUAGGUCAAGGGCACAAUCCACUCAUGCACCCUGGUUGUGAUAUCGAAGCUGUACUUCCAAAAAGCGGUUGCCCGCAAACAAAGCUCUUGUCAGCUUCCUUGUGUUUGUGAUGUCGAUCAGGCUAUCCCAUUUGCUCGGAUCCGGGUGGACAAUUUCCUUUUCAUUCGGUAACUUUCUCUUAAAAGCGGGUUGAGUAUCUGACUCGGACCGUACGUACUUCUGGUGGGAGCAUUGGUCCAACCUUCGUUCAUCUUCGUCGUUCCAACAAUUAGCACGUUGAUUUACAGCAGAGUGCCCAACUCUGUGACGACACGGAUUAAGGGCUUUCUAAAAGCACGAGAUACGACCAACGUGUGUUUAGUGGAUGUGCCAAUGACAAGGGCUCAUCCUCGGACGUUUGUGGUGAUUCUUUGCAAAUCGGAGAUGAGGUGGCAACUUGUAACAUGUUGUACUUUAUCUCAUGCAUGUGUCUG